AUGAAUGAGAUCGAAGCGAUAUCGAAAGAGUUUGUUCACAGCGGAGAAGCUUGCGGAAGUUGCGGCGGUUUUACCAAAGUCCAUGCAAAAAUAAAAGCGAAAAAGACAGGUGCCACAAAAUGGAAGUGCGUAAAGUGCAUCUUCGCUUCAUCCUCGCAAGUCGAGGCUUUUGGUCAAAAUCUGAUCGAGAACCCGCUUCAAGUUACGAAUGGCAAGUUCAAGUGUCCCGCUAAGAAAUGCAGCAGCAUUUUAACUUUUGACGAGUUUAUGAAAAAGGACUGUUGCGGCGGUUCCCGAAAGCACAGCAGAAUAUUCGCAGAUUAUUUGGAAAUGAAGGAGAAGUUCGGCGCGCUUCAAGAAGAGUAUCAGCGAGCAAUGAAGAAUAGCAUUGAAAAGAAAAAGGCCAGCGAAGAUGCAGAUAUUUACAGAGAUGCGAUCGGCGUCAGUAUGAUUGCUACUGCUAACAAGUUCGCCGAUUUCCUCAAAGCUAACGAUCACAUUGUGCGCGAGAGUCAGUGCGAGUUUGACAAGGAGCAUGUCAAUCUGUUGGAGAUCUAUCGACAAUUCCAGAGCAAGGACUAA